AUGUCAACAACGAUUUCAGGGUCAGAAGCCGGAAGACCGUCUUCAUCUGCGCAGGUUUACGACCGGUCGUCGAACCUAGAUAACGAUACCCACCAGAAUCCUUCAAAUGAAUCGCUGGCUGGAGGCCUAACUGAACCAAUUUCUUUCAAACGCAAGCAAAAACAACCUGCGAAGUUCAGUUUUUCACGCCUGUUUUUCAGUGAUGAACCCGAAUCUACAAUCCCUUUCCGGGCGACGAACACAACGAACGAGCAGACGCCGGAGGUUGAUUCGUCCUUGACCCAGCUGAGAGCGCGAAAUGGGAACGGAAAUCUUAACGCACCAAAAGACGGAGGGUUCUUGGAUUGGUAUGUGGAAGGCCCAGGGCGUCGAGUAGGCUACGACGAUUUUACAGCCAUCGAUUGGAUCUUUGAAUAUACAAAAGAGCGACAAAGAAAGAGGCUGCUCUACUCUAGCGCGCCGGGUCUUUCAGGAUAUGCCCGCAGGCUGUUGGAGGCCAGUAACGUAUGGGUGGUUUUGAUAGCGACAGGCGUUCUCGUUGGAAUUAUUGCGGCAUGCAUCGACAUCACAAGCGACUGGCUCGGAGAUCUGAAAACGGGCUAUUGCAAGAAUGGAUCAGGAGGCGGCAAGUUCUAUCUGAAUCGAAAUUUUUGUUGCUGGGGUCAUGACGACAUAUCUGAUUGCUUGGAUUGGACACCCUGGCGUAGAGCUCUUGGAGUCCGUUCUUCCAGCGGAGGCUAUACGGUAGAAUAUAUAUUCUACGUCCUCUACUCUGUGGUCUUCGCUGUCUGCGCGAGUUUUCUGGUCAGAACAUACGCAAUAUAUGCAAGACACAGUGGUAUUCCAGAAAUUAAGACAGUCCUUGGUGGCUUCGUCAUUAGGCAUUUUAUGGGACCCUGGACGCUCGCGAUCAAAUCUCUAGGCUUAUGUCUGGCAGUUGCUUCGGGGAUGUGGCUAGGUAAAGAAGGUCCUCUGGUGCAUGUUGCAUGCUGUUGCGCCAACGUCAUGAUGAAGUUCUUCGAUAGUUUGAACCAUAACGAGGAUAAAACCAUGUGGCAGAGUUUUGUCUGUGCAAUGGUUGCUGCUGUCACUCUUCAAGCGCUUAACCCUUUUCGAACAGGAAACAUUGUGCUCUACGAAGUUAAGUAUACACGUGGAUGGCAUCGCUUCGAAAUGAUGCCUUUCAUCCUCCUGGGUAUCCUUGGUGGUCUGUACGGGGCAUUUCUGAUCCGCUUGAACAUGAAAGUUGCGAAAUGGCGACGAUCCCGAACUUGGUCUCGCCCAAUAUUAGAAGUUACGGUCAUUGCUCUUCUAUCUGCUCUGAUCAACUUUCCAAAUAUCUUCAUGAGGGCGCAAAAUUCCGAGCUUGUCCACUCGCUGUUUGCCGAAUGUGGCACGGGAUCCGAUGAUCUGUUCGGUCUUUGCAAGACUGGUGCUGCAUCUGCUGGUACAAUAACACUUUUGCUUAUGGCCGCCCUUCUUGGCUUCUUUCUCGCCUCAUUUACGUUUGGAUUGGACAUACCUGCCGGUAUCAUUCUUCCUUCCGUUGCCAUUGGUGCCUUGUACGGCCGUGCAUUUGGAACGAUGUUUAAGAUGUGGCAAAAUGCCUAUCCAAAUUUUUUCUUCUUCAGCAGCUGCGAGCCAGAUGUUCCCUGUGUGACACCGGGAAUAUAUGCAAUCGUCGGAGCAGCUUCAGCUUUAGGUGGCGCAACACGGAUGACAGUGUCAAUUGUUGUGAUCAUGUUCGAGCUCACAGGUGCCUUGACAUAUGUCAUUCCUAUCAUGAUUGCCGUUAUGUUGUCCAAAUGGUGCGGUGAUAUUUUCGGCAAACGUGGUAUCUACGAGUCUUGGAUCCAUCUCAAGGAAUAUCCCUUCCUUGACCAUCGUGACGACACUACUUCCCCCGAUUUACCUGCUCAUAGAGUCAUGACAAGGGUCGAGGAUCUCACAGUCAUCGUUGCCAAUGGACAUACUAUCGAUAGCCUCCGCAACCUUCUCAUGGCCACCUCAUAUCGCGGAUUCCCUGUCGUGACCGAUUCAUCGAAUCCUCUUCUGCUGGGCUAUAUCUCACGCAACGAACUAUCGUAUGCAUUGAAGUAUUCCUCAUCUCGUGCAGAUCGCGACUUGCCUGGCUCGACGCAGGUCUUCUUCGCCCAUCAGCCGUUUGCAGACCCGACUGAAACCCUCGAUCUUCGGCCCUGGAUGGAUCAAACGCCUAUUACACUUAACAGUGGGACGACUUUCUUGAUAGUACGACGCAUGUUCCAGAGAUUGGGUCUCCGCUACGUCCUCUUUGCAAACAAGGGUGUCCUCCAAGGCCUACUCACUAAGAAGGACGUUUGGUCUAUCAUUGAUGGUGCAGAAUCCAGCAGGGUUAAAGUCCUAGACACUGAUUCAUUCAGGCAAAGAAAUACGGCCGAGGGCGUUGGUCUCCUUGAAAGUGAUGACGGAACGAGUUUUGCCAGUUCCCUGGAUAGACGUCCUUCACUUUAG